GCCAGUGUGACCAUUAAUCGCCGAUGUUGCCACAAUCGACGAAAAUUGUGUGAUAUUGUGUGAAGUGGAAAGAAUAAAAAAAAAACUUGGUGGCAAGAAAGACGUCGGGUGCCCACAAAAAAGAGUGUUGACUAUUGUAAGAAAAAUUGCAACGCGCCAAAUCCUGGCAAAACCGGAAGCAAAAAAAAAGAAAAAAAUCCACCAACAACAACAAGCAAAUUUUUUUUUGCUGGAAUUUUUCUUUUAAGUUUUUGUGUUGUUGAGGCGCUGACAACGACGAAGCGACGCCACGCCGCUUAACAAAACACAACAACAACAACAAUAUUAUUAGCAUAUAAUUUGUUUUUGCGCGCAGCCAUAACAAAAAACACACACACACACACAACAAUCAUGAACUCGAAACGCAUGAAAUACACAACGCCAACGAGCAAAGAGGAAAUUAUCAUACAACAACAACAACAGCAGCAGCAGCAGCAACACGAUGUUGUGGCAGAUGUGGUCGCCGAUGUGGAAGACGAAACCGGCGCCACAGAACUAUACACUUAUGCCUAUGCCACCAACGACGACGAAGUCGAUGAGGGCGAUGUCGAUGACGAGGAGAUCGAUGAUGUGGACGACGAUGUCGAUGGCGUUGUGACCAAUGCCCAAGAAGUGAUCAUCGAUGAGCAUGGGCAUGCGGUGACCUUGCAACAGCUGGUGGAGAACAGCACCGUCGAAGAGGUAGAGACCAUUGAACAAGGUGACGGCACACACACCAUUCUACACAUUGUGCCCAAUAUGCAGCAGCAACAUGUUGUCCAUGAUGUGGACGAUGUCGAGCACGAUGAACUCGAUGACGAUGUGGACGACGAGGAUGUGGAUGAUGGCGGCGAUAAUGUCGGUGUCGAGGAGGGCGAAGUCGAUGAUGUGGACGAUGAGGAAGCCGAUGGCGAUGAGGAUGAUGAUGAAUUGGGUUCGAUUGUGUACGAGGGCACCAUCGAUCACAGUCCCGAUUCCGAUUCGCAAUCGUCGCGCAACAAAACCUUCUAUUGCCCCAAUUGUGGCAAUUGCUAUAGCGCCGCCGGCUCAUUGAAGCUCCAUAUGCGCGCCUGUCUGCGGCAACGCAACGAAGUCUCGGCCGAGGAUCGCAAAUGCAAGGUGUGCAGCAAAAUCUUUAAUUCGGUGGCAUACCUCAAGGAGCAUAUGAUGCGACAUACGGGCGAACAGCCGUUCCGUUGCACACGCUGUUAUCGCAAAUUCGUCGAUGAAUCCAAAUACAAUACACACAUGGAUUCGCACAAGCAUCAGGAUAAACUUGAGGCCGAGGCGGAAGCAUUGGCCGCCCAACACGGUGGCAAAAAGGUUGUCGUCAAGGAGUUUACAUGCUCGUUCUGUGCGCAGAACUUUACGGUUGUCUUCGAUGUGGGGCAGGUGAAGCGUCGCUAUGCCUGCGAUGCGUGUCGCGACAAAUAUUCAAAUGCGGAGGCGUUGCGUCAGCACAAACAGCAGGUGGAGGAGAAGCGUGAAUUUAGCUGCGAGCGUUGCGGUCGCAAGUUUGUCUUCGAGGGUUUCCUGCAACGUCAUUUGCCAACCUGUGAUGGCAGCAUUAAGCGGCGUCGCGACAUGAAGUAGAGGUGGCAGCAACGUGAUGGCAGCUGGCGGCGACGUCGCAAGGAAAGGAGCAAACAACACGAUCACGAAGAGGAGGAGGAAGAGCAGAAUGAAGAAGAGGAAGAGUCACCGCCAAUGCGUUACGUUGUUAUUAAACAGGAGGAGCUGGAGGAGAAGCUAGAAGAGCUGUAGGAGGCGCCACACUAUCAGCAGCAGCAGCAGCCCAAGAGGCUGCCACGCCCCCCAAUACCAACACAAACACACAUGAACACACACACGCCCUUGUUUUAGCUAAAUAUUAUAGCUCUUAGAACUGUAAAGAAAACCACACAAAACCAAGAAAACAAUUUUCAUUUUAUACACACACACACACACACACACAUAUUGAGGAACUUAACACAUGCAUGUAAACUGCGCUUGUGGAACUUAAAUGCGAGCUGUCUUUUAUGGUUUGGCAUCCAAAGGAGAGCGAAUUGUCUUUGAUGUGGAACCUAAAUGCUAGCUGCUGUUGUGGAAUCCAAAGCGCAAGCUUGGCUGACGACAAAGCAGAAAAAACAACAGCGCA